CUGCCUAUUGCAUCUGUUUGUUAGUGAAGUCGUUUUCAUAUGAUUUUAUAACUAUUUUAAUUAAAAAAAUCGCAACUCUUUUGAACUUAACAUAUUCAUAAAUGAGUUUCCCCACCAAAGACGAACGAGCGCGUUGUUGGGCGUCGCGUGAUGAAUACUGGCAGUGUUUGAAUGAGAACGCACCCAAACACAGCUCGACAAGUGGUGAAAAAGUGCCGGACGCCUGUCUAAAACUACGCAAAGUAUUCGAGGGAUCAUGUCCACGGCAAUGGGUAAAACAUUUCGAUCGGAAACGUACAUAUGAACAAUUUAAAGAACGGAUGGAUAAAGGCUAUGACCCUCUAGAGGAAAAGAAUAAAGCGUCUGCACAAACAAAGUCUUAGUUCAUAGUUAAAUUUAUUUUAUGUUUGCUAAUGUUAAACGAAAUAAAAGUUGUCACUUAAACUAUA